UACUAUUUAUGUCAAUAUUGUUAAUGUCAAACAUUAAAUUCAAAAUUAAAAACUCUAGUAAUUGAGUUGAAGAAAAACAAAAUAGAAAUACCAAAUUUAUCUUAUUUCGGGUUAUUCAUAAUUAUUUGUUUGUUUUGAUUAAAUCUGUGCAAUUAAUGAUUAAAAGCUUGAGACAAACUUCAACAGUUUAUAUUUACGUAUUAUAAAUAAUUUUAAAUAUAUUUUGCAUUGUUAAAGGUUUAUCAAUGUUACUAGAUUAAUUUACAAGAAAUAUCGUGUUUGAAAAGGAAAAAUGUUGGAUUGUAAUUCACCGCGCAAAGUGACAUCACGACGUCGUAUUUCAUAUAAACCCAGUGCUUGGAAAGUGCAUCAGUUUGAGAUUUGGAGUGGGGAGUUGGUGUGCAGAGUUGCAGUUCUACGCGCUGAUCGCUGCUUGUUUCUGUGGCUGGGCGGUACCGCGGGCAAGCCAGAAUUGGGCGAAAUGUCAAUGGGAGUGCCAGCGCCGGAAGGCUUACUACAGGGCUGCAGCCGCGGCGGGCUUGCGACAACACUGCUUGGCGCCGAUGGUACCAGCACUGCGAUGGCGCGCCGACUGGCAGCGUCUUUGCAGCGCCCUGUAUAUGUGUGCUCCAGUUGCACUUUAGAUAGAUUUACAAUCCCAAUAGUUGAACGUGGACUCAUUUCUGAAAUUAAAAACAGACCAGAGUGUUUUUAAAUUAGCUAUAUUCAUAAAAUAAAAAACAUUUUUUACCAAUAAAA